UCGCUUUCUCCCCCUCUCUCCCCCCGCUAAACCCUUUCUGUUUCUCCUCCCCUUUCCCUUCCCUUCCCUGCCCCUGUUUGCUUGCCACUCUAUUACACUUGUGCUGCUGCCUUGGCUUGCUUGCAUUUCCUCCAUUGCAGCCUGCCAUGGCCUCCUCCACCAACCCUGACGAUGAGUUCCUUUUCCCCGAUGACGAUGACGAGCCCCAACCCGACACUACUCGCUCUUCCGCUGCGUCCUCACCCGUCAUCCCCAAUUUUCGUGGCAAGUUGCCCGAGCCUGAAGUUCCCGACUCCAAGGGCCCCCUCAAGGUAGAAUGGGCUUCAGAUGACGAAUCGGAAGAGGAUGAGGACGAGGAAGACGAGGAGGAUGUAGAGGAAGAAGGAAUGGGAGAGUCCUCAGAGGUAGGUGUUGAUGGUCAGGAGCCGUCUUCGUCCUCGAAGCGGCGAAUGAGGAAGAGAAAAGAAAAGGAAGCAGAGGAGGAGGAAGACGAAGUUUUGGAGGAGGAAGAUGAAUGGAAUUUUCCUACUGACAGGGAAAAUUGGACUGAAGAGGAUCUGGAAGAGGAGUGGGCAGACCCUACUUCGGCCGACGAUACGGUUGGUCGGGAUCCAGAAUUAGCUGAGGACGAUGAAGAGCUUAUUGCUAAGCUUGAAAAAGAUGGAAGGGCUCCUCUUCGGAGACCGUAUUAUGUUCCUUACAGGAAAGCGUAUCCUUCAAUUCCUGAGGAUCAUCCUGACAUUGAUAGUCCUGAGGCAGUUGUGGAGGAGCUGGAGCGUAUGGAGGAGUUUCUUGUGUGGGCCAGCUAUAUCUUUGAAGAUGGGUCAUCUUAUGAAGGAACAGUUUGGGACGACCUUGCGCAUGGGAAGGGUGUCUAUACAACGCCAAUGGAGCUUUGCAAAUAUGAAGGUGAAUGGUUCCAGAACCUCAUGCAGGGACACGGUGUUAUUGAGGUCGACAUUCCUGUAGCUAAUCCACCCCCUGGCUCUGAAUUAGAGCGAAAAAUGAAAGCAGAGGGGAAGAUACUGACAACCGAUUUCCUUAGUCCAGAGGACAAGGAAUGGUUAAGGAUGGACCUUGAAGAUGCACUUGCUGACAACCCAGAGGCAGUCGAUACCAAUCCGUUUGAAGACGAUGACCUCUGGGUGAAGUAUUUUGGAGAGAAGCCGGAAAAGGGUCAUUACAAGUAUGCCGGGCAAUGGAAACAUAGUCGUAUGCAUGGUUGUGGAGUCUACGAGCUCAAUGGUCGUCAAACAUGGGGAAAAUUUUAUUUUGGGGAGAUGCUGCCGGAUGAGGAGGAAUGCGAUGAUAAACUAUCAGCUAUGCAUGCCUCACUUGCAGAGGUAGCUGCUGCAAAGGCAAGGAUGUUUGUCAACAAGCCUGACGGAAUGGUUCGUGAGAUGAAGGGUCCAUUUUCUGAUCCUCAGCAUCCAUAUAUGUAUGAGGAAGAAGAUAUGUGGAUGGCUCCAGGCUUUAUUAAUCAGUUUUAUCCGGUGCCGGAAGUUUGGGAGAGGUAUGUCAAGGAAGUCGACUCUGAACAAGAAAUGUGGCUGAACUCAUUCACAAAAGCUCCACUUCGAAUUCCUAUGCCCUCUGAGCUUGAGUACUUGUGGGAAAAAGAUGAGGAAUUUCUGGUCCUGACCGGCCCCAGUGGAGAUUCCGGAAAUUCGGAAACAGAUGGAGCAGAGGUCUUGUACCAUGUACCUACUGGACAGAUUAUUAAUUGGGCGGAGGAUGCUGAAGGGAAGUUGCGUUUUUUUAUACAACCUAUGGUUGAAGAUGGCUCAGUAGAACCCGAUUUGGCGAUCCCUCUUCCCACGGGAUUCAAACAUUUCUAUGGAGAGAAGGAUUCUCCUGAUGAUGAUUACGAAAGUGGCGACGGAGAUGGAGAAGAGGGUGGUAAAUUACUCUCUCAGGACGAAAAGCUGGAGAAAGAAUGGAAGGAACGUGAAGAAGAGAGAAAAAGGCGUUGGGCAGAGGAGGAUGCAGAGAGAGAACUGGAAUGGGCAGAGAGGGAAAAGGAAUUGGAGCUGGAAUUGGAAUUGAAGAAUCUCGAUGCGCAACUUGACGAGACAGUCGAUGAGGCGGAAAUGCUGCUUAAACUAGAGGAUCUUUAUGGAGCAACAGAGAGCGGAAAGGAGGAAGAUAGAGUAGAUGCUGAAGGCCGAAAAGAAGAAGCUAGUCUCGAGGAAGAAAGCACUUCUCGUGAUAGCGUCAAGGAUGACGAGGAAGUUGAUGAUGAGGAUCAGGACGACGAUGAAGACCCCAAACCGCGUAGCUUUGGCAAGGUGGCCAUGGCCAGUCCACAGGGAGGAAACUCGGGCAGCUCGGGGAACACAUCAUUUCCAACUGCAUUCGCAUCAAUCAGUCUAGCAACCCAGACUACCAUGAAGCAGGUGCUAGGUCUCGUAGUUAAAAAUUCCAGAAAAACGUGGCUUGCAGAUCUUUUAUCACCAAAAUCUGUUGCAACUCCGACCAUCAACUCUACAGCAUCGCCUAUGCAGCUGCAGCCCGACUCUAUGGUAUUCAGCCCUCUGAAAGAAGUCAGUGUGAAUAUUCGCAGCACUCGUCCAUUGUCAAAAUUGACAGCAACAGCCAGACCACAAAUGCAACCCAAGACCAGAAUAAUACCAAGGCCACGAAGCUCCAGUUGCCGCAUAAUUGCAACCGAGCAGUGGAGCACCCCGUCCAUUGAGGUUUUAUCUCUUUGCCUUCCAGUGGAGGUUUAGGCAUACAGCAGUGCAUCCGCCUAGUGUCAGCGGAACUUCUCUCCCAGAUUUUUGCAGUAGGUUGCAGCACAAGUAAGGCUGUGGGAUGAAGUUUGUUGCCUAGGCUCUAUGAUCUGCUAUUGCUGUCCCAAUUUUGUUCCUUACUUAAGCACUUUUUAUGCAAGGGCAGGAACUUAUCAUUACUGCGCUUGCUGUCCAAUCGUUUGUGAGCAAUUCAACUAUUUUCGUAACUAGGUUUAGCUUUGGUAACAACCUCAAAAGUUCAGGUGAUUGAGGAUCUAAGUUUAUCCAUUGAAUGGAAAAUGAGUAUUUCCAGAUUCCGAUGAGCAUCAAGUUAUUCCAUGUGCUUCAAGCUGUCGGUUGCUGUCUCAUCAGUUUAUAUAUUCAAUGUUAGACUACAUUAAUAUUUUACUUUUC